AUUGCCGAUUAUUGCUUUGAUGUGAACAGAUUUGCUUUCCAUUAAGUUUUGAUUAUUUUUUCUUAUGUGUUUUUGUAAAACUUUUGAAACAUGAAGUUUUUUAUAAUAAUUACUAUUUUAAUUUAUGGAUUUUCUCCAGGAUCAUCUUAUAUAAUUCCAAAAUUAUUAUCAAAUGUUUCCUUCGAUGUACAAGAACAAGCUGUAGAACAGCUAAUGUUACGAGCUAUUGGUCCUGACGCGAAUCACUUCAAAGUUUUCGUAGAUAAAGAAAUACCUUUUAGAACUUUCAAAAUAGUAAAACGUGGCAGUAGGAUUGUGAUACAUGGAUGGGAUGGAGUUUCACUGGCAAAGGGCUUUCAUUACUAUUUAAAAUACUAUCUCAAGAAAGAUAUCACCUGGGAAAACGAACGAGUGAAAUUGCCACCAACAAGUAGCUGGCCAUACAUUAAUCUUACGUCUACUUCAGAGAGUUCAUUUAUUUAUUAUCAAAAUGUCUGCACCUGGAGUUAUAGUUUUGCUUGGUGGUCUUGGUCUAUAUGGCUACGACACAUUGACUGGAUGGCUUUGAUGGGUAUAAGUAUUACAAUAGCACCGGUACAAGAGAAAAUUUGGCAAGAAGUAUAUGCAGAUUUAGGAUUAUCAGAUCUGGACAUCCAGAAGCAUUUUGCAGGACCAGCAUUUCAAGCCUGGCAGCGAAUGGGCAACAUACGUGGUUGGGGUGGUCCAUUAUCAUCAACAUAUCAAAACAUGCAGUUGUUAUUGCAGCAAAAAAUACUGACGGCACAACGUAAUUUAGGCAUGAUUGUAGCCCUGCCUGCCUUUGCCGGACAUGUACCUACACGUCUCUCUGUUCUUUAUCCAGAGUCAAAUUUUUCUGCGACAGAACAGUGGAAUAAAUUUCCAAGAACAUAUUGCUGCGGUCUCUUCUUAGAUCCGCAUGAUCGCUUAUUUGCAAAAAUUUCUAAAAUGUUUCUUAACCGAAUUAUUGACACUUACGGCACAAACAACAUUUAUUUUGCUGAUCCGUUCAAUGAAGUGCAGCCACGUUUAGCCGAUGUUAAUUACAUGAACUCGACAGCUUAUCAUAUUUACGACUCCAUGCGAGCUGUUGAUCCAAAUGCCCAUUGGCUUUUGCAAGGCUGGAUGUUUGUGAAGAAUAUAUUUUGGAAAGAUGAAUUGAUAAAGGCGUUCUUGACUGCUGUCCCACUCGGCCGUUUAAUAGUAUUGGACUUACAGAGUGAACAGUUUCCGCAGUACGAACGUACAUAUUCGUUUCAUGGUCAACCAUUUAUUUGGUGUAUGCUACAUAAUUUCGGAGGCACACUUGGGAUGCAUGGUUCUGCGGAAAUAAUAAAUACAAAUAUACGCAAGGCGCGUGAAAUGAGUAACAGCUCCAUGAUUGGCGUCGGCAUUACACCAGAAGGCAUUCAUCAAAACUAUGUUAUGUAUGCAUUAACUUUGGAGCGUGCUUGGCUACAUGACGAUUUUGAUUUGGUUAAGUGGUUCAAUGAUUACGCCAACGUGCGUUAUGGUGUGAGCGAUGAAAACUUACAAAAGGUAUGGCAAUUACUUCGCAAAUCAGUGUACUCAUUUCAUGGUUUGCAGCAAUUACGUGGUAAGUAUGUUAUAACCAGGCGUCCAUCUUUUAAUUUAAGCCCUUGGUCUUGGUAUAAUGCUACAGACAUAGAACAGGCUUUUAAAUUAUUAUUGAAUGCCAAAUCAAUCAUUUCCGAUGAUCACUAUGCAAGCUAUGAGUAUGAUCUUGUCGACCUAACCCGUCAGUUUUUGCAGAACACUGCUGAUCGUAUGUACGUUAAUUUAGUAUCUGCGUACAAUAAAAAACAGCGAGAACGUUACAGUUAUAUAGCUCAAAAAAUGUUACUAUUAUUUGAUGACUUGGAGGAAAUGUUAGCUACGCAUACUAGUUUUUUAAUUGGACCAUGGAUUGAGGGAGCUAAAUCUUUAGCAGGGAAUCCCACCGAAUUAAGUUUGUACGAAAUUAAUGCCCGCAAUCAGAUUACCGCAUGGGGACCUAAAGGACAAAUUUUAGAUUAUGCUACUAAACAAUGGUCUGGCAUAGUAUAUGACUAUUAUAAACCACGUUGGCUAUUAUUUUUAGAUAUGACAUACCGAUGUUUGCUGUAUAAUCAGCGAUUUAAUAAUACCGCAUUCAAGUAUACUGUCAGUAAUGAAAUUGAAAAUGCAUUCUCCGUGCAAACCAAAAAGUAUGCAACUGUCGGUACGGGUAAUAUUCACGAAACAGCUCAGAAGAUUUUCAAUAUUUGGUUUCCAUUAUUCAAAAAAAAUAAAUUUCUGCAUAUAAAAGUACGACUAAUAUAAGUUGACGAUAUAAAAUAUCGUUUUCAAAUAAAAGUGAAUAUAAGUGUAUGUAAGUAAAUAAAUAUAACAUUUUUUA